UUUAAGUAGUUUACUUGAAGGGAAUGGAUGGAAAUUGCACGUGAAGAAACCUAGGAAAAAUUGCCGUGAGAAAUAGUACACCAUCGUUUCGAUUCAAAAUAGGUCUGCCAUCGUAGAGCCAUGUACUUGAAAGCAACCGCGAAUUCAUUUCCUUUUUAAGUUCCCACCGAUUCAAAAGUACCGAUUACUCCUUCCCUUAUCUGUAUUUCCUUGUCGUUUUCACAUUCAGUGGCUGAAAACAAGGUUUCUAUAUCCGAAUUGGGAUUAGUGCACAUUUAGGCUCGAAUAUUCCUCUUCGCUUUCAAUAUCUUAUUUUUGAGGAAAUUGUAAUGGCCGCCGCCGCGGCUUGCAAGCGAUUGGCACAAUUGGGAACGAGGUCGGGGAUUGCCAUGCCCAUAACACAAUUUUCGAGCUUUGGGGCCUCAAAGUCGUUCUCUUCCAACUCAAGUCUCAGAUCAUUUUCCCAAUUGGUGAAAUCAAAUGGACAGCGGUUGUUCCUCGUUGAUACAUUAGCCCUUGUUAGGAAACUUGAGGGGCAAGGAUUGCCCACAAAGCAAGCUGAGGCGAUAACUGCUGCCAUAACUGAAGUUUUGAAUGACAGUCUGGAAAAUGUAUCAGAAUCAUUAGUAUCAAAAGCAGAGAUGCAAAGGACUGAAAUGCUCCAAGAGUCCAGCCUGUCCAAAUUCAAAGCAGAAGUGCAGAGCUCACAGGGACAUCAUUACUCCUUGCUGCAACAAGAGACUGAAAAACUAAGGAAUGAUAUAGAGAAGAUGCGCAGUGAAUUGAGGUAUGAGAUAGAUAAAGUCACAGCUGGGCAACGAUUGGAUUUGAAUCUUGAAAGGGGGAGAAUAAGGGAGGAAUUGUCUAAUCAGAGUGCCGAAACUAACAAUCUGGCUAACAAACUUGAGAGAGAGGUUCAUGCACUAAGGGCACAGUUAGAAGCAGCAAAAUAUGAUGUUAUAAAAUAUUGCAUAGGAACUCUUGUCUCAAUAUCUGCUGUUGGACUUGCUGUUCUCCGCAUCUUGAUGUAACCAGGUUGUAUUCCAAUUUAACAAAUAUUGUAUGUUCUAUAAAGAGCAAUUUCACCGAGUCACUGUAAUACAGAAUUUGAGGAGCAGAAGAUAGAAGCUCCCAUUAGACACCAGAAGGGGCCAUUUUUUUAAGCCCUAUUCUUUUCAUAUUCUUUUGUUCAUUUGCUUUCCAUUGCUUGUGGAACAUUUCCUCAAUUUGUACUUGCCUGUCAAACUUGGAUUAUAUAGCAAUAUUGGAUUGAAGUCUGAAUUUGUUUA